AACGAGCCGCCGUGAGCUCCUCCACAAGUUCCUCCUUCCUUCUAUCCAUGGCCACGGCGACCGCACUCCGUUCCCACUCUCUCUCCUCUCUCUCCCUUCCUUCUUCUUCUUCUUCCUCCUCGCCGAGCCCCGCGCCGUUGUUCCUCUGCACCAGCUGCGACGCCGCGAUACGGAACCUCCAGCACUCGCCUCAGGUUCCCGCGCUCGUCGGCUCCUGUCGCUCCGAGCUCAAGCCGCUCCUGUCGGCGAGCGACCUGCUCGUCCAUCCUCUCUUGUUGUUCGGCGGGCUCGACAGGACGUUGGACACGCAGACCGUACUCGCCACCGUGAGUGUUCUGGCCGCCAUUGCUCUUUCGCUGUUCCUCGGUCUCAAGGGCGAUCCUGUCCCUUGUGAUCGAUGCGCUGGCAACGGUGGCACAAAAUGUGUUUUCUGCGAGAGUGGAAAGAUGAAGCAGGAAACAGGCAUGGUUGACUGCAAAGUGUGCAAGGGAGCAGGAUUGAUUUUCUGCAAGAAGUGUGGGGGUUCUGGAUAUUCUAGACGUUUAUGAGAUCUGUGAUCAUUGAUGAUGAUAAGCAUUGCAAAAGAGAGCAGUCAAUGAUUUCUUAUUUGAUGGAUAUAUUCAUACAACAGCUUGGAAGCACAUAUAUCAAUAAUUUAACUUUGGUAGUGCACCUACCUAGUUCUUACAUUCUGAUGUUUAUCUAUGGGCCAUAUCAUUCAAUGCUGCAUUUGAUUGCAUUAGGCUUGGCAUUUAUGUUUCCCUUAUAGUUGUAAAAUUUCUUGAUGUAUCUGCGCUGUACAAUUCUGGAGUCUGUUCAACAUUUCUGAAGCAACCAGCACGAGAAUUAUCGAUCGAAUAUUUUGCCGGCAGCGGAAACUUUGCUGCCAAACAAGCCUCUCAGUUUCUGUGGACUGAACAAACUGUCUUCCAUAUUACAACUGAACGAACUGUCUUCACACGAGGCGACCUUUAGUCAACUUUUGGAACUCAUUCUUGGUAUGAAGUUACAGUGCAAAUGUUGCAAAAUCUUUUCGAUGAGUAUGCGUCGGCCGUACACUCCUUCCUGCUCCAUGCAUCUGCUCUUUCAGACAUAUACUUCCGCUAUCAGCCCUGCUUUACAAACAUCAGUCGGUUCAAGCCCGAGAAAUUCGAAGGGGCAUGGGUGCACAUAUUUGGUUUUCCAUCGGACAAUGUACAGGUUGUAAUAUCGAGUUUCUUUCUCCAUCGUUAUAUACCUAUCGAAAAAGCCCAGUUCCAUCAUCAGGCAUGCCGUACAUCGUUUGGGUUUUAUGUUCUCUAUUUCCAUGUAGACUUGUUACUGUGGUCUGAGGUGUGGUUGCCAUGGCCCCCUGAUGCUGAUUCUGGAUCUAACUACGAUAAUUUGUUAUGGAUUUUCAUUUUCUUAGAAGGCCAUAAAGAACUCCCGAGAAUGAAA